CUCGCUCGCCGUCGCCGCUGAACGAACCGGAGCCGCCCCCGACCCGGUCGCCGCUCGUUGCCCGGAGUCGCCAGCACGUCAGCUUGACGCGGAUGCAUGUGGGCGGCACCCCGGGUCUCCUCCAUCUCCGGCUAUAUAAGGACGGAGAGGGAUGAGGAACAGGCGGCAGCAGAUUCGCGCACGUCUCUCCCAGUCUCCCGAGUGGUCGUCUCCUCCUCCUCCGGAUCCCGCAGCGGCGCGUGCUACCUGAACAGGACGCGGGACCGCAGUCCGCAGCGGUAGAGGCAGAGCAGGGGAGCGGACUCCACCAUGCUGGAAGGGAAGGCGAUGGUGGAGGACACGGACAUGCCGGCGAAGAUGCAGGCGCAGGCGAUGGCGGCGGCGUCCAGGGCCCUCGACCGCUUCGACGUCCUCGACUGCCGGAGCAUCGCGGCUCACAUCAAGAAGGAGUUUGACACGAUCCACGGCCCGGGGUGGCAGUGCGUGGUGGGCUCCAGCUUCGGCUGCUACUUCACGCACAGCAAGGGGAGCUUCAUCUACUUCCGGCUCGAGUCGCUCAGGUUCCUCAUCUUCAAAGGGGCGGCAGCGUAGCAGGCUAGUAGUAACACCUAGUAACAUCAACGGGAAAAAAAAAAUCAGAUGCAGCACGUUCUCUUUUCCUCUGGGUUUUGUCGAGGAAGACUAGCGGGGCGCCGCGGCGGAUGGCGUGUGCGCGUCUGUGUGAAAUUGGCUCGCUGUAUAUGAUGGUAGAUGUAACGUUGGCAAGAUUGCAAAGCGGUGGAUUUUCAUCACUGCUCACCUUGCCUUUUUGUGUACGAAAUAAUCCAGGUGAUGAAUUUGGUGAUGCGUAAAUGGAAAUUUGAAAGUGUUGGGAAAUUUAAA